AUGAGUUUGCCAACACCUCCCGGCACAUCCCACCGCGACAAGGAGAACAGAACGCCCCGUAUGUCCUCAGGUUCGCGCGUAGUAUGGUCUCAGAACAAUAAAUACCACAAUGCAACGAGCCCACCACGCCAUAGGCUUCCCACCAGCGCGUCGAAGGUGGCCCCAGCCAAGUCGAUUCUCAAGACGCCGCAUUAUUCUUUCCUCCCCCUGAUUAUCGAGAAGCAACGAGAGAGCACACCAGAACCUGGAGAUCCCUUGGCUGACCUUGAUUACCUGGAACGACCUGUGUCCAAAAUUGUUGCCUCAGACACGUCACUACGUGAGCUGAUCGAAUCGUACUCAGUGCUCGCCGCACGUCUCAAAUCUGCGGUCGACGAACAAACCGACGCGGAUUCAUCGUGGCCACUCUUUCAGCCUCUGAGAACGCACCGUGCUCAGUUUGUGGACGCGGUCGUGCGGGACCUUGGAAAAGCGAUGGUCGAUCCGCUGGCUGGAGUCGCGCUCAGCGAGCAGAUGGACCAGGAGCGUCCUGUGGAGGAACCAAGACCGAUACUGCCGUCUCCACGAAAAAGUCCUAGAAAGAAGCGUGGGAUGAGCGAGGAGCAGGUGAAGCUCGCGCGCGAUUUGUGCACUACCGCCCACGCUGUCAUCAAGCUGGUGGGCAUCGUUUUCACGCUCCCUGCCAUCUACCAGAUUUUUAGCGACAAGGAGCUCGGAUUGAUCUUGACCCAUGUGCUCGCUAUCCCGCUCGCUCAAGAAUUGCCCACCCCGAACGCGCGCAAGACCUGUGCCUUGUCAAUCUGGCUCCUCCAAGCUCAGCGUCUUCCUGCAAAAAUUCUGGAACCUGCCAGAGACAGAAUUGCGUAUGCCAUUCGUCGUGCUAUCGAAGGCGAGCUCGGCAAGGAAGGCAAGAAGGGCUCUGUCAGCGAUGGCCUGAAGGCCAUUCACGACCUCUCACUCCAUAACCCGGCCAUCUUCGUUCCUGCUUUGACAGAAUUGAUGCCUACUGUCCUCCGUCAUCUCUUGGCCGCUACACUGCCGUUGCGCGUUCAAGCAUGCCAUGCCCUUGGAGGCUUCACAUUGGCCCUCUCCCGCAUUCCCAUCUCUCAAUACCACACCGCGCUCUCCGAUACCAUCGAGUAUUUCCUGGUAACUCCGUCCCUUCGUAAACCUGGCACAGAGGAGGCAACGGCACCCUUGGACCCUUUGAUCGUGCGCACGAUUCGUACCACCCUGAGCGCUGAAGAAGCCAACAACACCGCGCAAGGGCCCGUAUGGGCGUUGAGCGUCCUCGCGAGCUUUAUUGUUCUCCUUGGUCCUAGACUUUGCCUGAGCACCAAACUCGCCCGGAUCGUCUCCGCGCUCCUCUCACUCGCUAUGCGGCAUAGGAAAAGCUCCGUGCGCGCGCUGACCUGCCUCAUUUGGCGCCCUCUCAUCUGGGUUUACUUCCGUCCGCCGCUGAUCGAGGCAGACGAAAAUGGGGACCCGGUUGUGGAACAGCUGGACGCCGAGCACGUAACACUGGCGCCAGAGGACGCCGUAAAGCGCGAGCCGUUCUGGCGCGUCAUUAGGUCUGUCGUAGACAUGGGCGCGGGCAUCGCUGCUAUUGGCGCGCUGCUCACCAUAUAUACGGAUGACGACAAGACGAUGGAAAAGGUGAUGUAUAUCCUCAAAAUGAUGGUGCAGAGGGGUGGGUAUGCCUGUCAUGACGCGAUGGAGAUCGUCAAGCGCUUCGUAGGCACCGAGGCGGCGCCGGAGUGGCAAUGGGACAAGCUUUUGCCUCAGGCGCUGUUCUCGUCCUAUCCCGGGCUGCUUACGGUAGAGUUAAGCUCGUUGUCGCUCGUGGUGAAGCCCAUAUUCGACCUCACGCCCAUUCCCGAAGACGUGAGGCCGCUGACGAGAGCGGAGCUCGCAAGCGAGGGCGUUUUUGAUGGCCUAGUUGCUAUCUGGAGACAAGGCCUCACGCAUGUACAUCUCGCUGCAAAUGCAGAACUUCCUUCGGAAAUAUUGGAUACCUGGAAGGGCCUUUUGGAGGUCAGCGUGUCCGGCUUCCAAGAAUCCAGGGAUGAGAAUGGAAUGGCGACCAUGACUCAGCGUACUGCGACCAUUUUGACCGAAAUUCUUGGAGACCAAACAAUCCAACUAUCAGCCGCGGCUGAGACGGCCGACGAUUUCAUUCUUGAGGCUCCCGAGGACGCACCCCCACUACACAAUCGCUCAAAUGCAGCGAUGAAGUUGUGCGUUGUUCGUGACUUGUGGGACAUCGUCUCCAAAGCGCUCCCAGAUGACUACCGAGGUGUGGCAGGCGAGACACUGGCUUCCUAUCUUGUGGAAAAGGAAGCAGACUUGACAUGGGAGACGGACUCACCGGAUGAUGCGCGGUCAGAAUGGACAUGGCUUUGCUCUGAGGUUCUGGUUCAUUGUCCUGUGGGCCUAUUGAAAACGUUCUGGGGCGUGGACAGCACCACGCGGCAAUGGGAUUGGCAGUGGACGGUGGAGGUGAGGAGUUUAGUGUGGAGAACGUUCAUAGAACGGUGGCAUGAGAUCGCACCAUCCAAAUGGGAAAACACGUUGUUCCUGCUUGCCGUACCUUUUGCGGACAAGGACUCCUGGGAGAUGAGCGACGACGACCUCAAUGUGUGGGAGUCAAUCCUCGGCUCCUGCAUGAACAAGGCGUUGGAUGAAGGCGUCGAAUCCGUUCGCGUCAUCGAAUAUAUAUCUGGCCUCAUCUCCAGCACCCAUAUUCCGACGUCAACCUCCUCGACGCGCGUUGUUGAUGUUCUUCUUUCUCAUCUGGAUGUUACCGAAAUCUCCGAAGUCCCGUGUGCUCUUCUCGAGCUUGUCAACGACACGCUCCAGAGCACGUACCCACCAGAGCCGCGGAACAAAAUGACGUCACUGUGGCUUAUCAGGACUGUGACUCGUCUAGUCGAAACAUGUCCUGUGAAGCUGCUCUAUCGUACACUCUGCGCCCUUCAAGACGGGGCUAUCAUUUGGAUCGCGGACGCGUAUGAGGUGUUCUAUGAUGACGAGUAUUCAUUUGAUAUCGUCCCACUAUACCAAACCAUGGUCAUCUGCCUGAGAUCGCUGCUCGCGUCGACUGACUCUCUUGUUGCAUUAUCUCCGCUUCUUGCAUCUGGUUUCCGUAGGAGCUCGGAUACACCACCGGCCAUCCUUCAGACCUUCACUGAAUUCUGGGAAGCAACUUACGCCAAGAUUUCUCCUCCCAGGGGAGGAUGGCCAAAAGAGCUUCUUGCACAUAUUCCAGUUCCGAGUACGAAAACUAGACGCGCCGAAGCCCUUGCUGUUACGAAGCAUGCCCUUGGAUAUACGCCUGAUCCUGCUCCCGUGGAGAUAACAGCAGCAAAAUUGGCAAAAAUGCCAAUGGAGCUAAUGCCACGCACACCCCCUUCCAGUUCUACUUCGCUGCCAAAGACGCCCCAAGCAACUUCUUCGACACUAUCGUCUCCUCCUCAUCGUCCUUUCAAAACUGCCGUCUCGUCCCCCAGGCAUGAGAAUCUAUAUGAAUCCCCUCUCACCCCUCUGGACUCCGUAUUCCUGCAUGCAGCGACACCCCCUGUCACUCCCAAGUCUCCUUCACGUUCAACCAAGGAUAAAUCAAUCGCAGACAAGGAAAACAUGUCCCCUCACAGUCCAACUACAAGUAUAGUAGAACGUAUCCAUAUGAGGUCUCCACCAACAGUUCUUGGGAAACGGUUACUCGAUUCAGCGUAUUGGGAGCGUCCUGCUAAGAGAGGAAGAUCCUCUCCAGAGGCCCUCCUUCCUGCCAUUCAAGACGACGGGUUCGCGGCCGCCGCGGUCUUCUCUCUUCGAUCACGAUCUCCGUCAUUAGAAAGCACGUGCAGCAACGAUAGUGAGGACGACCGUUUGACGGUGGAACAGGCGCUAUUGUCGUCGCCUGAUUCUGUUCACGAAUCAACUUCGCCCUUGAUGCGCAAUAUCCACGAUAAGAAAGCCACACCUUCCAGACUACAUCGUCGGUCCCCGGAUACGAGGGGCCACAAGCGCAUGAUCAUGGAGGCUGUGGAGGUACCGUUCUUGCGAGAUAUUCGUAGGCGAGAACGUACGAAAAGCGUCCAAACCGCUCGAGCUGCUCCACGUCGCAGCCUUCGACGCAUUCAAUCUCUUCCUGAGGCUGAGACGCAAAUUCAGCGCAAAGUCACGCCUCGAAAAAGGCGCAAGGACCUGCCAUCCCGAACCAACUCGAGUCCCAUUAAUCUAUCGCUAAGCUCUCCACUGCGAGCUCUUGAGGACGCCCAAGGGCUUGGAAGCGAUGAUUCGAUGGUGUUCAUGGAUCCAGGUCACCGCUAUAUGGCCGAUGUGCCGUCAUCAGAUGAUGACCCCCAUAUUGGUCAAGUCACGCCUCACCAUCUAGUAUCUCCUGCUAUGCGUCGACUUCAUGAUAGUCUUGCGAACGAUCCGCCUAGCGACGAUUCCAACGUUUCUCCGUCGCCCUUAAGGCUUCGUAUGCAGAAACAUACAUCUAUAUCUCAACCCUCGACUCCUAUCAGACGUUAG